AUGGAGAGCGACAAGGCUGGCACUUCGAUGGAUUCACACAGUAAGUUAACUUACUCUAAGAUACCGUUUUUAAGCUAUGUAAAGUCUUCCAGUACUUUUGUAAUAAUGAACUUUACUAUAAAAACAAAACUUAUUUUUUAUUCAGUUGUUCAACUAAUUCUGUGCUCCUCUUAAAUCAAGUCCUCGGGGUUAGAGAGCACAGGGUUAUUUGAACAAUCUAAUACUUGCACUUACUGGAGGAGUAAAAUAACAAAGAAAAUCUUGAUAAUCUUACUACGUUAUCUGAUAUAGUAAAAUCUCAAUUUUCACAUUUUUCUGAUUUUUUUGCGUUUUCGAUUAUUAGCGUCAAAAUAAUAUGUUCUGGAGCGUUUUCAAAUCAGGUAUAUUUUGUUAGUCCUUAAAAUUAAAAUUUAAAAAUAUAUAGGGAACAAAAAUAUGGUAAAAUAUGCACUUUUAAAUAAUUUAAAUAUUUUUUUAAUUUAUAUUGCCUUCGUUCAGCUGAUGAAUCCACACCAGAAUCCUCAUCCACCUCCCAAGACAGUCUGGCUGUAGAAGUUCCAAAGUCAAAAGAAGUGGCCAAGAACCAGAAGCGUGAAGAUUACUUGUCGUGGGAUGAGUUCUUUGUUGGUGUAGCCUUGCUGGCAGCACAGAGAAGUAAAGACCCCAACACUCAAGUUGGGGCUGUGAUUGUAGAUGAAAACAAAAUUAUAGUCGGAGUUGGAUACAAUGGAAUGCCAAGGGGUUGUGAAGAUGAUGAGAUGCCUUGGGGCAAGGAUUCAGAAGAUCCUUUGGAAAACAAGUACUACUACGUUUGUCACGCUGAGAUGAACGCCAUUGUUAAUAAGAAGGAUUCGGUGUCGAAUGCCACGAUUUAUGUAACCUUGUUUCCUUGUAAUGAAUGUGCCAAGUUGAUUAUUCAAGUAAGUUUUUGUUUUACUUACAAUAAGUUGUGCUUACAAAUUUUAAAAACUCUUUUAUAUUAUAUUAAUAUACGUUUACUUUUGAAGCCUUUUUACUAUGAUAACAUUCGUAUAUUCUAGUGUAUGUAGCUUUAAAAUAAAAUCAUCAUUUUCAGUGUGGCAUCAAGAAGGUCAUCUACAUGAAAGAUAAGCCUCAGAAGAACGAGAUGAAGGCCAGCAAGCGAUUGUUUGAGAAGGCCAAGGUCCAAUACGAGUUGUAUCAGCCUUCCAGGUCAAACGUGGUAAUCCAUUUUAGCUGA